AUGUCCUCGCCGGAUCCGUUCGGCACGAUUGUAAACGCCAUCACGCUCGCCCAGCUGCUUUACACUGGGAUCAGCGAUUUCGUCGCAGCGGACAGCGAUGAGGAGAAUCUGGUUGCUCAGAUGCGGCUAAGCGCCGUCACGUUGGGAGGAUUCGUCAACAUGUUCCGCCAGGCGGUCGAGGCGAACCUGGGCGCGGAUGAGCAGACGACCAUCAUCGCCGCGUGCGACGUGCUGCAGCCAGAAAUCGAGAAGAUACGAGACAUAUUUGCCAAGAUACCCACCGAGGACUCAAAGUGGAAACGACUCGGUCUUAAGGUUGCGUGGGUGUCGUACCGCAAAAGGCAGUUGGAGGCUCUGGCAGCGCACCUGAGGAAUUGGUCGAGCCUCUUCAACGAGCUGAAGUCGUCACUCAGCAAGAGUAUUCGAGACAGCCUCGAGGCUUCACAAGGCCAAGGUGGCAGCGGCCGUUCUGCUAGUCAGAUGAUAACCUCAUUGAGCGCAUCAUUCAGCUCGCUGGCCGUCGCUGCGGCGGCGAUGGAAAUCCGACAGCUGCGAAGAGAUCCUACGAACAUCCAUCUACAGAGCACAUUGGGUAGACUGCGCCCUGCAGAAUAUCUCGGAGCAGGUGUUCUCGUGGAAUACAAGUCGUAUGACAGCGGCACCGACGAGGACCGCAUCACCUAUAUUGAGGAACAGAUCGGCAGGCUGUGCAACUUUCUCUCGCUGGCCGACCCUGUGGCGACCGGGAUUCUUGCCUCUGCUGGAUACAUGGCUGAUCCUCAGAUGUAUCGAUUCGGCCUCGUGUUCAAGAUACCCCGAGGCUACGAGCUGCCGUCGCAGGCGGGUCAUGACGAUGGGCCAAUCACUCUUCGCUCCAUCAUAGCCCAGGGCACGCCUGCGAAGACGGACCCAACCAAGAUCACGUAUACGCCGAGACACGCUCUCGACGCGCGAGUUUCAGCCGCAUCCAUGAUCGCGGUGUCUCUGUUCUUCCUCCAUAGCUACGGCUGGGUCCACGAGAAUUUCCGAACUAGCAAUAUCUUGAUGCUCGCCGAGAAGCAAAGGCCCCAGCCAGACCCGAUAUCUUCCACAACCCCGUAUCUUGGAAGACCAUUCCUCAUAGGAUUCGACGGCGCUAGGUCCAAAGACGGCAUCUACUCCAUCGGCGGCUACGAAACUGCUGCCUCGGAAGCAGAUAAGUUUGCAUCCGACCUAUUCCAGCACCCAGAUCGGCAAGGAGAGCCCGGGAACGACCAACCGCGAUACCAGAUGAACCAUGACCUGUACAGCCUCGGCGUCAUCUUGUUAGAGAUUGGCCUUUGGCUGCCGCUGCAAAAGGAGAAAUCUGUGCGCAAGGUGCGGGAGCAGAAGUUCGAAAACAUGGAGGAGAGGCGGACCAGGGUUAGACAAGUGUUGAUGGAUCUAGCACGCGAUAAGUUGGCCGUGGUGCUGGGGCAGAGAUACCAGGACAUUGUGGUGAAAUGCCUCGGUAUGAAUGGUUCGGAUGCAUACAACCCCUCAAGGUUCCUGUAUGAGAUUGUAUGGCCUCUGUGGGACAUGAAAUCGUGUCUCCAGGCUUGA